UGACCGCUACUUUCAUUAAUCUUAUCCUAUUCUACCCGCAAAUUUCAUUAAAUAGUCAACACCAGAUAUGAUUCCCUAUCUUCUUCCCUUCACAUUCUCUCCCUGCCCUGUUCCUAAAGAAAGAGGAUAACAGUAGCUCAAAGCGCAGACCUUGAAGUCGUCCAUUGUUGCGUUCUGCAGAUAAUGGCCCGAAAAUUGUCAGAGAAGGAGCUUUACUCUGUAAGGAGAAGAAUGGCCUCUGUUGCCAACCAUCUUAUGGUACCUUCUCCUCCUACAGCUUCUAGUUCAAAAUGUGACUCGGUUGAACUAGUACCCAAUGCUGCUUCUAUGAAUGAUAACUACCAUAGAGUCCAUGGUAAUGUUUCUAAUAAACAAGUUGUUUGGAGAAAUGUUGCUGCUUCUGAUGGCAGUACUAAGGACUUCACUGACAUUAUUUAUCAAAAGGCUGUUGGUGAAGACAUUGCAAAGAUUGUUAUUAACAGGCCAGAGAGAAGAAAUGCGUUCCGGCCACGGACGAUUAAGGAACUAAUUGCUGCAUUUAAUGAUGCUAGGGAUGAUAGCUCUGUGGGGGUUAUCAUUCUUACUGGCAAGGUUUUCCUCUCUUCGUGCCUUUUUCAAGCCUUACGAAUUAGUAUAGUAGUAAUUAAUUUGGUUUUGUAGGCAAUGUUAAGGAUGUAGAACAGCUUAAAGCUUUUGGUAGGUUGGUU